AGGGACGCGUCUUCCGGCUCGGACCGGGAGCCGGAGUCCACGGGUUCGGUAGCCCCGGGGUUCCCGGAAGUAACCCGGCCGCAGACUUCCGGUGCGGGCUAGGCGAGAUAUGGCAGUGACCACCGUGUUACCGGCUCUGGCGCGGGUGCUUGCUCUGUCAAGAUGCAACCUAGCAUCUCCUGUGCUCAGCAUGAAAUCGUUGAGACGCUUUUACAGAGGUGAUAGCACAACAGAUUCCCAAAAAUACUUGAUUGAAAUCCCUUUGCCUCCAUGGCAGGAGAGAACUGAUGAAUCUAUAGAAACCAAAAGAGCCCGCCUGCUCUACGAGAGCAGAAAGAGGGGAAUGUUGGAGAAUUGCAUUCUGCUAAGCCUCUUUGCUAAAGAACAUCUGCACCGCAUGACAGAGAAGCAGCUGAACCUCUAUGAUCGCCUGAUUAAUGAGCCCAGUAAUGACUGGGAUAUUUACUACUGGGCCACAGAAAAAAAACCAGCCCCGGAAAUAUUUGAAAAUGAAGUCCUGGUGCUGCUGAGAGACUUUGUGAAAAACAAAAACAAAGAGCAGAGACUGCGUGCCCCAGAUCUGGAGUACCUCUUUGAAAAGCCGCGUUGAGCUGCUCACCACAGCCUGGCGUGGGGCUCAGUCCCUGGAUCCUACCUGUGUCUCAUAGAUCCUGGCCUUUGCUUACUGCUGCUUUUUAGACCCACGACCCACCCAGGACGCGUAAAUGUUCAGUGUGACUCAUUCAAAAACUUUUCUCGUUCACCCCUGAGCCUCAAAGGUGGUUUAUUGGUGUUGCCCCCGUGCUUGGCCUGUCUGCCUUAUCUGGCUCCGGGCUCUGCAGGCCUCUGCCACAGGAGGGCGCUGUUGGGAAAGUGAUCGCGUUGGCUCCUUCAGGAAAAUGAGGCAGCUGGCUGCUGGCUGCUGUGCUGCCUGGAAAGCAUCCCCAAGCAGCCCAGGGCUGUGCCUAAAUGAAUCCCCCGCUUCAACCCUGUGUAGUCCUCUCUGCCAAGGAGGCCGAGCCAACCCCCAUGAGCUGAAUCCCUCAAAGGCGCAGCAGGCAGAAUGAGAGCAGCAAGCAGGAACAGUGUGGGCACGCUGCUUACCAGCCAGCAUCCUCACCAUCGGAUUUUCUUUAAAAUGUUCACUUUGCAGAUUGAAAGAUAACAGUGUUAAAGAAUACUGAAAAAAAGAAAUUCACAAUUUCCCAGCCUUCACACAUAAUUAUUUUAAUAUUUCCUGUGCUUGUAGACUCCAUAGUCACAUGUUUUUUAAGUUCUACAAGGUCACAGUCAUAGGCUUUAUUUCCACAUAGCACUGUAGGAAACCUUUUCCAUAUUUCUGUAGUACUUCACAAUUGUUUGGCACGCUUGCGGCACAGUAGUUCACAGUUCAGCUGCUAGCCAAAAGGUCAGCAGUUUGAACCUACCAGCCACUCCUUGGAAACCCUAUGGGGCAGUUCUACUCUGUCCUGUAGGGUCACUAUGAAUUGGAAUUGAUGGUAGUGGGUUUGGGUUUGAUCACGAUUAUUUAAGUGGACAAACUAAUAGCACGUAAGAAAUAAUAUGUCAGAAUGAAUUAGUUGGAAGUGUUUAGCCCUAGUACCAGAACACUUCUGUGUGGCUAGUGGUGGUCUCGCUAGAGACCUCAGAGCUGUAAUCCGGCCUAGUCAGAACAGUCCGGCACCAGGCUGGGCCAGGAGCAUCUAACAGUGUUGACCAAUGAAGGAAGGCCAGGUCGAUGAGCAUGGGGUCGGCGAUCACAAGAGAAGCUGCACGCAUGGGGAAGUGCACAUUUCAAGUGUUGAGCUACAGGGUUCCCACCGAGCUUCCGCCUGGGUCCUGGCUAAGGAUGGAAGGAAAGAAAACCAACCUCUAUUAUAUUAUCUCGUUGUAUCCUCACAGCGCUUCUGCAGAGGAGUGGUGUUAUGCCUACUUCAUAGAUGAGAAAGUAGGCUCAGAGAGAUUAAUUUGUCUAACACCAUGUAGCUGUUUAGUCAGAAAGCCAGAAUCUAGCUCUCUCUGCCUCCAGCACUCAUGAACUUUCUACUGGAGCACACUACCUUUAUUGUUGGGCAUUUAGUAGAAAUCUAUGCUGGGAAAAGUUAGGGCAAGGAAACUUGACAGUUGUGAGGCAUGACCUCUGCAUUAAAUAGAGGGUAAGAAGCUGCCAGGUGCUUCCUGAAGUGAGCAGGUGUGAACUUGGUCACCCAGCGUGGAUUUCAUAAGUCAAGAAGCAAGGCAGGGGACUCAUUAAGUGUUCAGAUCUGGCUCGGCUGGAGCUGAUGUGAGCCUCUGUUUCCUCAUCUAUAAAAUGGGGGUACGAAUGCUCCCCUCUCUCAAGCAGUUGAGAUCAGAUGAGGUAAGAGCACACAGCUCUCACAUGGCACCUAGUACACGGUAAGCACUCGGUAAUAUUGAAUGUCAGUGUUUGGUCACGGCCUUGGCCUGAAGGUUAACGCCCACCUCCUAACCCACAUUGCCUGGCGUGUCAGUGAAGUCAUGCUAGCCAUGCAGGGCAGUCACAUCUGCAGACAGGAAAACGGAGCCCAUUGAAGUAACCAUGGAGUGUCUUACUGGCCAUUGAAGAUGAGGGAGAAAACAGACGGUGGUGGCAAGACCUUUGAUGGAAAAAUCCGUAGCACUCUCACCUAAGCAAGGAAUGGGGUGAGAAUCAGGAGGCAGAAGCAGGGCAGACGAGCUGCCACCCUGGCUGUUCUCUCAGGCCUCCUCUGAUGUUAAACAGGCAGAGGGUUUAUAUAUAUAUAUGUAUAUAUAUAUGUUUAUAUAUAGAAAUCUGGCUCUGUGACGGGCACACGAAUCGGCCCACAGCUCACCUCUCUAUUCUCAGCAUGUUGCAAUAAGUCCCCGUAGCCAAGUAUGCAGUUUGGGCUUGUUUUUUUUUUGGUCUAGGGUUAGAUCCCUUCUUACCCUGAUUUUGGCUUUAUUUAACAUAACGUUCCACGGCUGCCACUUUCACCUGGGAAUGGCUUACUUCUGAAGGAAAUGUUUUCCUCCCAGGCUGCUGGCUUGUGUUAUCUUUGAAAGUGAAGAAUCUCGCUUACUUCAGCUGCUGAGUGUCAGGCCCAGGGGUGCAAUGUAAACGGUUUUUCCCUUUAUUAGGCCUGAAAUAAAACUAGGCUGGCCGCAG